UGUUGGUGUUUUCCCCCUGUCCUCUUCUUUCACAAUAAGGGUCUCUCCUCCCACAUUCCCAGUGUACUUUGGAUACAUAUAAAAAGCCAGGAUAUCUCAUCCCUUUCCAGGAGCUGUGAAAGUGCAAUAUUAGCCCUGUACUGUAGAUUGCAGCACGCGAGAAAGACCUCUGAACAUGUUGACCAGGAAUAUUAUCAUCUUCUGCACACUAGCAGUGCUGCUUGCUGAAGCGGACCUGGAUACAGCAAAUGGGGGUCUUCAAGCCAUGUCCACUGGAACAGAUCAGGACUCGACGUCUGAUGAAGCUCCCACUGUGAUGUCCUUUAUGGUUAUCCUCACAGAAAGCAUGAACUCUGUGUCACCUGACCAGCCCAAGGGUGAGCCACAUUUUUAUAAUGGAGCCACAGCUGAUGCAAGCAGCACAAGUGCAGAAACAGGCCAGGCUGCUGAGCCUCAAGCCAAUGAUGUGACAACAGCCGAUGCCACAAAAUCCAGCACUGAAGAACAAGAUGAGAAUGAGAGUCCAGAGUCAGAAGAAGUGGUGAAGGCAGCUCCAGUGCAGCGUCCUGCUAAAUCACAAACUGCAAACCAACGCAAGCGCAGUAAGCCUGUUGUGGCCUCCAAGAAAAGGAUGAGACCCCUUCGCUCCUGAAAAUAGCAGGCUGUGAAAUGUUCGCAGGGAGGAGGAAGGACUAUGAGAAGAAGAAAGGCAGAAGCAAUCCUGUAUUAAGUGGCAUUUUGUUUUAUUUUAUUUUGUUGCUUUAUUUUAAUAAUUAGAUGUGAUUCUGUUGUUACGUACUGUACUGACUGUUUUUGUUGGUUUGCUUUUGUUUGUUGUGAAACUAGCAUUCAGCACAGAGUUGAGACUCUCAAGGUGUUUCUGCAUUAAAUCACUCUUCAAAUACGGGGACGAAACGUAUCAGUCAGGGCUUAAUUCGUUCACACGACAGCCAACAUCAUCUCAGAUUACAGUCAGGAUUCAUGGUAGAUGUUCAUUUCUGAUUGAAACAUAAAGUUCUACAUGUUGAUUCUACUUCAUCAGGAAAACACCAAACAUCUCUCAGAUGCCCAGACUUGAUGAUGAGAUUUUUCACCGGUGCUGGUUACCUGAAUAUUGUGUGUUCAGACUAGCCAUAGCAUUUUAAAGAACACUAGUUUAAAAUGUUUUUUUUACAACAGAAAUUUGCAAAAGCUUUCAACACAAACUCAGUGUUUAAAGUGUUUCUUUCUUUUGUCAUUGAUCACGUUUUUAUAAGAGCAGUAUUUAUCAUUAUUAAAUAUCAUUUUCCAAUAUCAAAAAUCAUGAAUGUGUUAUUCUUAAAUAAUUCUUUCUGUAUGUUGUAUGAAAAAUAAACAUUGAAGCAAA